GCUUCAUGUCGUCCAUGCAACGAUACCGAGCUUCUCAUGGCCGUCUGCAACAGUGACUUUGUAGUCCGAGGCUUCAUCAAGGACGUGCUUCACAACCGUGAUGGUCACAUAUCGCUGGUGGAAGUGUUGGCGGUGAAGGUCCAUCGGCAGCGUAGCGGCGUGUUUGAGCUAGAGGCGACAACUCCUGGAUCAGCUCGGGACGUCCCGUUGUGGCGCGGCGUUAUCCUUGCCCACCUCCAGUGCGGCGUGAAGCCCGGAGAGGGAGAAUUCCUUUUCACGGGCUCGGAACACUUCGGGGACGGUUGGUUGGGUUGCGCUCCGCGUUACAAAUACUUCGUGUCCGUCUACCGGACUGCCAAGGCCAGGCUUGUGAAUCCCUGCGAUUUCCCUUUGUGAUGACGGGCCGUUAUAACGCCUGUCAACUGUCGAGAUGUGACAAUUCACGGGUGUCAAAUCUGUUUG